ACUGCAGCCACCAGGAGGACCCGUCUGUCCCUAAAGCCCACCGGAGAUCCAGCACAGAAAAGCCUCGGAUUGGAUCCUCCGGUAGUCCUGGGGAGUGUUGCAGGUUGGUUGAGUCCUACACCCUGUGUGACCCCCAGGGGACGGAAGCACCCCUACAUUUAAAAAGAGCUGAGAAGUAAGAAGUGUUUAGUCACCAGCCGGAGACUAACGGAUGCUCAGCUGCACUACAUCCACCAUGCCCGGGAUGAUCUGCAAGAACUCAGACCUGGAGUUUGACUCGCUGAAGCCCUGCUUCUAUCCGGAAGAAGAUGACGUUUACUUUGGCGGUCCCAACUCGACGCCUCCGGGGGAGGACAUCUGGAAGAAGUUUGACCUGUUGCCUACGCCUCGGUUGUCACCCAGCCGUGCCUUGGCGGAGCACAGCCUGGAGCCAGGGAACUGGGCCACCGAGAUGCUGCUGCCUGAGGCCGACCUAUGGGGUAACCCGGCCGAGGAGGAUGUUUUUGGCCUGGGAGGACUCGGCGGCCUCACCAGCAACCCGAUCAUUCUUCAGGACUGCAUGUGGAGUGGCUUCUCCUCCCGGGAGAAGCUGGAGAGUGCGGUAAGCGAGAAGCUGCCGGAUGGCUGUGGGUCCCUGGCGGCCGGCCCCAGCACCUCCGCCCCUGGAGCGGCAGCCGCCGCCAGCUCCGCGGGCCACGCGCGCAGCGGAACAGCAAGUGUGGGGCGUGGGAAAGCCGCCUGGCUCACGGAGCUCGCCCACCUGGACUCGGAGUGUGUGAACCCUGCUGUGGUCUUCUUCCCGGCGAAUAAGCGCAAGAGGGUGCCGGUACCGGCCAUCCCCGCCAGUGCGGGCACUGCCCGCACUACAAUCAUCCGUAGGGGCCACCAGGCCUUCAGCACCUCCAGAAGGGACAUCCUGAGCAACUCAGGUACUGAGGAGGAAGAUGAAGAGGAAAUCGAUGUGGUCACGGUGGAGGAGACACAGUCCUCCAAUACUGUCACCAGGCUCCCCACCGCGGCGUGUCCUGGGAACGCAGCGCUGAGCUCCCGGUGCGUGCAGUCCAGCGAGCUGAUCCUCAAGCGCUGUGUCCUCAUUCAUGAGCAGCACAACUACGCCGCGCCACCGUUGCCCUAUGUGGACAGCGAGGACGCGCCGCCGCGCAAGAAAGUCAAGAGCAAGGCUUCCCUAAGGCCCCUCAAGUGCGUCCUCCCGCUGAAGCCUACGAGAUUGGGUCCCCGCAACUCAGACUUGGCGGACAAUGAGCGUCGCCGCAACCACAACAUGAUGGAGCGCCAACGCCGUGACAAUUUGCGCUCCAGCUUCCUGAACCUCAGGGACCUUGUGCCUGAGCUGGUGCACAAUGAGAAGGCCGCCAAGGUGGUCAUCCUGAAAAAGGCCACUGAGUACAUCCACACUCUGCAGGCUGAUGAGUACAAGCUGCUGGUGGAAAGGGAGAAAUUGCACGCAAGAAAACAGCAGUUGCUGAAGAAAAUCACACACUCUGAGACAUACUAAAUAUUUCUUAAAUGGACAGCCACUGAUGUUUUGCACACGUUGACUUGAAAAAAAAAAACCUAUUGUGUUGACAUUAAGAAUGUUGGUUUACCUUCAUAUUGGUCCCUUGUCAAGUUUGGAGCUGGAUAGGGGGCAAAUCAUGGAGUUCUAGUGGGGCCUUGGAAAGUCUAGGAAUAGGAUGCUAGGUGACUUCUUUCUUUCCUCUAACCUCGGUGAUGGCCAUGGAAGUUCAGGAUAGUUGGGAACCUUGGAAGGCUGUUAAAGUCGUGUUUACUCCAAGUUUCCAGAGUUACUUCUCCUUUUUCCAGGAGUGAUUACAUUCCAAUAGAUGCCACAGAAAGGGAGUCUGCAUUUGAUGUCCCUGGGGGGAACAUUUCUGUAAAUUCCAUAAACUUGCCCACCAAGAGGUCAUUCUUACACUGGAAGUUCACACUUAGUGUCGUGAUAACACCUCAAUGUUUGAGGAGCAUGUUUUGUAUACAAAUAUAUUGUCAAUCUCUGUUAUGUACUGUACUAAUUCUUACACUGUGUGCUUUAGUAUGAAGCUGAUACGUAACUAAAUUUGAUAAUUAUGUUUACAUAUGAAGAUGAAGAGUGAAGGUUUUUAGUAGAUAUGACUUUAUCACUUUUUUGAACUAAGAAAGUUUUUAAAGAAAUUAUAUAUGUAUAUGUAUA